AGAGAGAGAGAGGGAGAGAGAGAGGAGAGAGAGAGAGCGGCGCGGAGGUUGAGAGAGGCCCCGAGAGAUAAAGCUGGAGGGCAGAAAUUAUUAGGGGGCGCGGGACGAGAGGAGGGGCUAGGCGAGCGAGCCCGCGGCGAGAGGGGCAAGCGAGUGUGCGCCGAGUGUGCAAGGGCGGGAGGGAGGAGAGAGAGCCAGCGGCGGCCCGGCUCGCGCCGACUUGGGCCCAGCGGCGGGCGGACAGCAUGCUGAGCCUCCUCAUCUGGAUCCUCACUCUCUCCGACACUUUCUCGCAAGCAGGGCUUUAGGAAUGCCUCUGGAGAGCAACAGCACAUGUCUAAUGAGCUGCCAAUCAAGCCUGCUCCCCGAGAAGCCCAGGUUUCUGAGUCAGAAGAUGUGGGCGCCACACUUAGCCAUCGCUUAUCUUAUCUCUGUGACUUUGGCUUUGGCUGUGCCUGGGACCCAGACCCGCUUCAGCCAGGAGCCAGCCGACCAGACCGUGGUGGCCGGGCAGCGAGCCGUGCUCUCCUGCGUGCUCCUCAACUACUCUGGGAUUGUGCAGUGGACCAAGGACGGGCUGGCUCUGGGCAUGGGCCAGGGCCUCAAAGCCUGGCCACGGUACCGGGUCGUGGGCUCUGCGGAUGCCGGGCAAUACAACUUGGAGAUCACAGAUGCCGAGCUCUCUGACGACGCUUCCUAUGAGUGCCAGGCCACAGAGGCUGCCCUGCGCUCCCGGCGGGCCAAACUCACCGUGCUCAUUCCUCCAGAGGACACAAGGAUUGAUGGGGGCCCCGUGAUUCUGCUGCAAGCAGGCACCCCCCACAACCUCACAUGCAGAGCCUUUAAUGCCAAGCCUGCCGCCACCAUCAUUUGGUUCCGGGACGGAACACAGCAGGAGGGGGCUGUGGCUAGCACGGAACUGCUGAAGGAUGGGAAAAGAGAGACUACAAUCAGCCAACUGCUCAUUCACCCCACAGACCUAGACAUUGGUCGUGUCUUCACCUGCCGCAGCAUGAAUGAAGCCAUCCCCAAUGGGAAGGAGACAUCCAUAGAGCUGGAUGUACACCAUCCUCCUACGGUGACUCUGUCCAUUGAGCCUCAGACCGUGCAGGAGGGUGAGCGAGUCAUCUUCACGUGCCAGGCCACAGCCAACCCUGAGAUCUUGGGCUACAGGUGGGCCAAAGGGGGGUUCUUGAUUGAAGACGCCCAUGAGAGUCGUUAUGAGACAAACGUUGACUAUUCCUUCUUCACGGAGCCUGUGUCUUGUGAGGUCCACAACAAAGUGGGAAGCACCAACGUCAGCACUUUAGUGAAUGUUCACUUUGCCCCCCGGAUUGUAGUUGACCCAAAGCCCACGACCACAGACAUUGGCUCUGAUGUGACCCUCACCUGUGUCUGGGUUGGGAAUCCCCCCCUCACCCUCACCUGGACCAAGAAGGACUCCAACAUGGGGCCCAGGCUUCCUGGCUCCCCACCCGAGGCUAAUCUCUCUGCCCAGGUCCUGAGUAACAGCAAUCAGCUGUUACUGAAGUCAGUGACUCAGGCAGACGCCGGCACCUAUACCUGCCGGGCCAUCGUACCUCGGAUCGGAGUGGCCGAGCGAGAGGUGCCGCUGUACGUAAAUGGACCCCCCAUUAUCUCCAGCGAGGCGGUGCAGUUUGCCGUGAGGGGUGACGGUGGGAAGGUGGAGUGUUUCAUCGGGAGUACCCCGCCUCCAGACCGGAUUGCUUGGGCAUGGAAGGAGAACUUCCUGGAGGUGGGGACCCUGGAGCGGUACACGGUGGAGAGGACUAACUCGGGAAGUGGUGUGCUGUCCACACUCACCAUCAACAACGUCAUGGAGGCCGACUUUCAGACCCACUACAACUGCACUGCCUGGAACAGCUUCGGGCCAGGCACUGCCAUCAUCCAGCUGGAAGAGCGAGAGGUGUUACCUGUGGGCAUCAUUGCUGGGGCCACCAUUGGUGCAGGCAUCCUGGUCAUCUUCUUCUUCGUCGCCCUGGUGUUCUUCCUCUACCGCCGUCGCAAAGGCAGUCGAAAGGAUGUGACCUUGAGGAAGCUGGACAUCAAGGUGGAGACGGUGAAUCGGGAGCCGCUCACAAUGCACUCUGACCGGGAGGAUGAUACCGCCAGCAUCUCCACGGCAACUCGGGUCAUGAAGGCCAUCUACUCGUCCUUUAAGGAUGACGUGGAUCUGAAGCAGGACCUGCGCUGUGACACCAUUGAUACGCGGGAAGAGUAUGAGAUGAAGGAUCCCACCAACGGUUACUACAAUGUGCGUGCCCACGAAGAUCGCCCAUCCUCCAGGGCGGUGCUAUAUGCUGACUACCGUGCCCCCGGCCCUACACGUUUUGAUGGCCGCCCAUCAUCUCGCCUCUCCCACUCCAGCGGCUAUGCCCAGCUCAAUACGUACAGCCGGGCCCCUGCCUCUGACUAUGGCACGGAGCCUCCACCCUCUGGUCCUUCUGCGCCAGGUGGCACCGAUACAACCAGCCAGCUAUCCUACGAGAACUACGAGAAGUUCAACUCCCACCCCUUCCCCGGGCCAGCCGGGUAUCCUACCUACCGUCUAGGCUACCCCCAGGCCCCACCAUCCGGCUUGGAGAGGACCCCCUAUGAGGCCUAUGACCCUAUUGGCAAGUACGCCACGGCCACUCGAUUCUCCUACACCUCUCAGCACUCAGACUACGGCCAGCGAUUUCAGCAGCGCAUGCAGACUCAUGUGUAGAGGCUGGAGUCUGGCUGGGGUAUCUCUGCGGGGCAGAGGAGAGGCUUCCCAGCUCUUCCCUGACAUUCAGGGACAUUGCUCGUUGCUCCUUUCGUGGACCCAGCCUUCCUCCUCCUGCCGUCACAAAGAAGGAGCAGGUCUCCCAGGAACACCCCAUCCCAAGGAUGGUGCUCUGGGCGUGCCCCACUCUCCUAGGCCUGCUGAGCUCUUCCUCGGGAGGAUGUCUCUACUGACGUCUGUUCAUACCUGACCCAAGCAUUGGGCACAGGGCAGUGGAGGCUGGGGGGUGGGGGGCAGAGGGCAAAGGAGGGUAGAGUACAUGUUACCAUUUCCUUUCUGUCCUGCUCCUCUGACCUCCCGUAAGCGGGCAUGGAGAUCUGCUGAGGUGGGUAGGCGUUGGCCUAGGCGGCUCUAGUCCAGGCAGCCGGAAUGCGGGGCAGCCCACCAGUCCCUCUCUUGAUUUCCUUCAUCUUUCCCAUCUCAGGGGAUUACAGCUGGGACAAUGAGUUCAAAUCCAGCCCCGGUCAGCUGGGGUCAAAAUGCCAGUCACCGUGGCUACUUACUGUGGCUAUCUGAGCGCCGAGGGUUCCAGAAAUCCCUGGCAACACUGCUCCCUUUUUUUUCUCAACUUUGUGCUGGACCAGGAGGAUGUGUCCUGGAUGUGAACAAAGAAUGGUCAGGACCGUGCCCUGGUUGACUGGCCAGGGACCGCUGUGUACUACAUGGCAGUUCCCAGAGCCGACAGUAGCGGGAACCUCACCAGCCUCCUUCUUUCAUGUUAUCGCCCCACUUCUUGGUAUUAACUCUUGAGCCUUGGAGCAUAGGGUAGGGCAGAGGUGUCACGGAGCUAUAUUUUUCAAAGACAAUAAAAAACUCAUUUGGAAAACAAGGCUCUAGGGGUUUCCCCCACUAUAUACGAGUCCCCGUGGAAAGGAAAGGGACACCUGUCCUCCACCAGGCUCCUGAUACCUUGCGCUAUUCUGAGUCUCCAAGCGCUCUGAAUCUAUUACAUCCACCCAAAUGGUGAGAGCUGCCGACUGCUGGAUUCUGAUAGAGUUAGGCAGUCCUGAACCUCAGACACUACGAUCCUACCCUGGGACUCACCCUAGUUACAGCUCCCUCUGCGGGUGCCAUGGUAAUUGCUUUAUCCAGACAAGUUUUGGUUCUGUCUCCUCCUUGCCCCACCCCCAGGCCAAUCAAAUUUCUUCUUCCAUUUUCAGUGCCUUGAGUGUCAGGUUUGUGAUGCUGGCCCUGUGUGGGGAGCAGGAGCUGGUGGGCUCCAGGUUGUCCUAUGUUAGCGUCAAGGAGAGACAAAUGAGGGGAUGUGAAGGGAAGGGACCCGGACAUGGCUGCAAAGGGAACUUCUUCCUGACCCAGACGGAGCCCCCAGUGCAGAACACUUCAGGCAUUGUAUUCCACAGCCUACGUUGUCUCUUCCCACACAGCACACACAUGACCACACACGUACAUUCCACUCCACUUCUCAUCUACCACCUUCUGACCAAAGAGAAUCUGUGUAACUCAUGUUUCAGCCUCACUUUCCCAAGAAACCUCUGCCCAUCCCAUCGGGAGUCAACUGUCCACCUCCCCACUGAGGCCUACAUGAUGGGAGGGAGUACUCCCAGAGUACCCCUUGCCUUUUCUCAUUGGUCACCAUUCAUUAGUCAUGUUUACUUUCAUGACUUACAUGUUCAUCAGCCACGGUCCAUCACUAACCUUAGAGAUGGGCCUGUGGGGUGACAUUCUCAGCCAUCUCCUUUCUGAUAAGGACCGGGUACCGGGAAUCAAGGAGCUCCGUUUCCAGCCUAGCCUAGCAGACAGCCUUUGCUUCCUCUUGUACUCCAGUCAGUGCGUCCGCACAGAGCGGGCCUUUCCUGUAGCGUUGACAGACUCGUAGCUGGAUUCCAGUUCAGAGGACUCACACUUGCAGAGACCUUUCAUGAGAUCUCAGUGAGGCAGUGUGUGUACGUAUAGUGUAGGUUCUUGUGAAUAUGAAUUCAUGCAAGUUUUUCAUUUUCAUUGGCACCUGAAGCCACGGGUGAUCCAAACACUUGCAAGUCUAACUAGAGUGGCAUUUUAAACAUCAAUACUCUAAGAUAAUCAUUUUGUUUGGGGUUUGGCUUGGUUCUCUCAUUUCUCUCUGAUUCAAGCAGUAGGUCCCUCCCAUGGAAACAAGAGCAUCACUAAGGUUAAGCCCUGCAGGAAAUUUGUGGUUAUCAAGCACCAUGCAAGGCACAGGAAGCAGCAACUGAGACAGACUUGUCUCCGGCCACUCGGAUUCUGCAAUCGGAAUCAGAGUUGGGCCCUGCUGAAUGACCAGUGGAAUUGUAUGUCUGGGGAAUUGAAGGUCCCCUAAUAAUGAGGCUCUUGCAUCUGAAGCUAGUUGGUACCAGCAUGUUGGUGCCCUGUUACUUAAUGAUUCUAAGCACCCCAAGUGUUAAUUGCUUUAGUUGAAAGAAUAAGGAGCCAGGAGUCAAGAGAUCCAUGACCCUCCCUGUUCUGCAGCUGCCAUUUGCUGAGUAACCAUGAUCUGACCUCUGUUUUCAUUGCCUCCAAUUUUCUGGUCUUUACCUACAACUAUUCUGUGUUGGCUGUGUUCAUCUGGGGAGGCCAAAUUCGGGAUUUCCCAUCUAUCAAAAGAACCCAGAAACAGUAAGCAAUCAAGGUGAGGGUUAGGGCAGGGGAGGGCUGCCUGCAACACAAACUUCCUGAUCUUGUCCAUCGCCCUAACCGUGAGUGAAAGGAAGCAAUCUGCGUUGUUCUCCUCUUAGGCUCAACAGGUUGUUGUGAUCACGGUAGGGCUCGGUUUCCUUUACUGUGGAUGUAGACUGCCGCACGUAGACUGGGGGAGAUAGGGAAGCUACCUUCCACUAGGUCUUCGGGGACAGUCAUCUGGCCCAAAGUCAGCUCUCCCUGUUUACCAAGCAAGGUGAAGCCUAUGGUCCCAGCAGUCUCGAACCUGAAGACAGGCGUGAGAGCGGCCACCCCUUCCUCUAGGUUGAAAGGGGAGCUGGUAGAGGAAGAAGGGGUUUUAACAUAAGCUCUGCAUAUGCAAAAAGCCCUUGUGGCUCCAGGUAGGCCUUGCUCUUUGUAGAGAGCCCAGCCUGCUUGCUGAGUCCUGGUUCUCCCAAAGUCUAACCACAGAACAUGCACAAAGCAACAUCUAUUAUGAGAGAAAGGAGCCAGGGACGGGAGCAAUGCUCAGCUCCCACGAUUCUGGUGGUAGGCUUUCCUCAGGCUGGCAGCUGCUUCCCUCUCUAUGUUGACAGGAACUCCUGCCCUGUGGGAUGGGCCACACUGCCCUGUGUCUUGGCCCUUGUGCUCUGUCAACAUGUGGGUGCCCGGGCAGGACCCACAGCUCCUGGGCCCCUUAAGACAGGACUGGGUGACCCUGCAUACUUGGCCCACUCCAUAGCAAUGUGAGGCAGUUGGGAUUUACAGAAACUCGUGGUAAAGCCAAAGACCCUGUGUGGGCAUGUGGAGUCUGCUGGCUCAGUCACUGCCUCAUCCUGCUGUGUGAGCAGUUCUGUCCCUGUGGGUGAGUCACGUGACCUCCCAAGGCCACUGCAGGCUCAAAAACCCUGGGUUUCCUAGUAGUUCACUUGGGUGCAAUCUGAGCCCAGGCAUGCUCUACACCUAGAGAGCCUCGUGCCUAGCUGAUAAUAGAACGCAGAGGUACACAGACCUCAGGACUCCAUUGGUGAGGCAUUAACCGUUGGGAAAGGACUAUUAAAUUGUCACCUAAACGGAACAUCCCCUUCCCCCUGCAUCCUGCCCACCUCCCGUGGUAUUUUUCCUUUUCUCCUCAAAGCAGUGUCUUCCGGCCAGUGCUGGCUAACCCUUGCCAGCUUGCCACUGAAACCGCCCAUGGUCCAGUCUCGGAGAGGACUGAGGGCUGUGGCUUGGCAGAGUACCGACUGGAGAGGGGGGUGCAGCAUUUAGUUUCCCUGCAUCACUGUGAGGGAACCCCCGGGCCCUUUCCCAGAGGAAAAUAAUUGCUGCACGGAAGACAGAGGCCAUACUAGGAACUUCUGGUGCAAACCUACUCUUAACAAUCGUAAUAAUCUUGUGUGCACAGAACGCCACUUACCAGUCUCGGUAGCCCAUCUUGGCUGCUUGCUGCCCCCAACCACUGGCCUUGGCAAACUGGUGUCCAGGUUCUUCUGUUGCUUUCAGGAGCUGUCUACAGCCCCUGGGAAUGCCAGCACUCUGAGGAGAGAGCAUUCGAUUUGCUGAUACAACAAAAGUAGGCUCCUUAGCAAAAGUGACCUGCAAGGCCACGCUGCCACUUUUAACAGGGCACCCAGGGCUCUUGGGGGUCAAACUGUCUACCCUAACCGUUCCUGGGAUUGCCAUCCCCAUUUCUGAUGCCAGUUGAAUUAUCUCUACCAAAAUCCUCAUCAUAAAUGGAUCCAUGAUGACAACUAAGAGAAAAAAAAAAAGUAUUUUUGUUAGGACAAACCAUCAUAGAUUUUUAGCAAUGUGUAUCUGUGUGUCCUUUUCACCUUUUCCUAUUCUGACAUUUUUUUUCCUUUUUUUUAAAAAAAAAAUAUUG